UCCGCGUUUUUAUUGAGAAUUUGAACAGUUUUGCAGUCAGACAAGUUCCAUGUCGCUUGUGACGAAUCUGCAGUCACAAAACACAAGAUUGCGCAACUCAUUUACCCAAACGGGCGCAACUGGAGACGGUGAGCAAGGUAUUAUGGGAGCUAGUUGAACUGUAAAACAGGUGUUGUGCUUGAUUUGGUUCACCUGUUGAGAAGUGUUAGAAUUCCGGAGUGAAAAUGUGUGCAAGGACCACAGCAAGCUACGCAAAGGAACUUUGUGCAACUAAAGAGGAAAAGGACCGUCGUCGUCUCCGACUGGAAGCUCUUUGGCGGCAGCCUCGUGUUGUGUUACGCAGAGCAGACAACGGUCAAGAUUUUGGUCCUGAACAGCAGGAGCCAGAGCGCCGUGACUUUAAAGAGGAAGUGGAGGACAAAGAGGUCCCACACUUUAAUGAACAAAAGGACCAGAUGUGUUUUUUCAUCAAAAAAGAGGAGGAGGAGCCAGAGCAAUUUUGCAUAAAAGAGGAGGAAGAUCUCCACUCCAGGAAAGAGAAGAUAGAAAAGGAUUUCUGCAAAAUGCCAUCGACUCUUGUCCCUUUGAAGAGCAGAGGUGAGGGUCAUUGUGAGGCGAGCAGAGAGGCGGAGCCUCCAAGCAGCAGCUCAGGUCAACACAUAACAGAAGAUGAUGGACGCUCCUGUGGAGGAUCACAAGCUGACGACGGCCUCUUAGCUCCAAUCUCAGACGGUGAUGUCAUGUCGUCACAUUCUCCUGGCUCUGAAGAUGAUGAGUCAAACGGUGAUAUUUCAUAUCACGCUGAAAACAAACGGUGGAAAUGUUCUUACUGUUGGAAAAUGUUUGCUUUCAAGAGGAGUUUGAAACAACACAUGAGAACCCACACUGUUGAGAAACCUUUUUCCUGCUCAGAUUGUGGCCAAAGAUUCUCUCAUAAGGCAAACUUAAAAAGAUACAUGACAACCCACACUGGAGAGAAACCUUUUUCCUGCUCAGAUUGUGAUCAAAGAUUCUCUCAGAAGACAAACUUAAAAAGACACAUAAGAACCCACACUGGUGAGAAACCACUUUCCUGUUCAGAUUGUGGCCAAAGAUUCUCAAAUAAGACACGCUUCAAAUCACACAUGAGAACCCACACUGGUGAGAAACCUUUUUCCUGCUCAGAUUGUGGCCAAAGCUUCUCUCACAAGGCAAACGUAAAAGGACACAUGAGAACCCACACUGGUGAGAAACCUUUUCCCUGCUCAGAUUGCGGCCAAACAUUCUCACGUAAAGGACACUUAAAAUUACACACAAGAACCCACACUGGUGAGACACCCUUUUCCUGCUCAGAUUGUGGUAAAAGAUUCUCUCGCAAGGCAAACGUAAAACGACACAUGAGAACCCACACUGGUGAGAAACCUUUUUCCUGCUCAGAAUGUGGCCAAAGAUUCUCAUAUAAGGGAUACUUAAAAACACACGAGAACCCACACUGGUGAGAAACCUUUUUCCUGCUUAGUUUGUGGCCAA